UUCACUUAAACAUUAAUAUAGCGGAGUUUCAUCUGGAUUUCACCAAAUUUUAUAGUAUAUUCAAUUUAUAUUUAAUUACUUGAUCAGUGUAAACAAUAUUCGAAUGCCUAAGUGUUCCAAAAUUCUUCGAGUUAUAUUCAAGUUUGUCAUUUAAUAAUUUCAACGAUUCAAUUGCAGAUUUAAUUAUGUUUUUGCUUCAGGAUACACGCGAAAGAGUCCAUAUCAUUACAUGGAUGAAAGGAAACGUAUUGGCUCUUCGUGUGUUCCCACUUUCGAGUACGACGGUCUGCGGCCUAGGUUUCAGACGAUCGCAAAACCCUGGAGUCUGCCUUCCAACUUAUACGACGUAAAACAUCCAGACAGUCUAGAAGCAACUCUGGAGAAAUUCACAGGAAAGAGGGGUCCCUACGAUUUAUUCACAGGACCAAGGGACGAUAGUACGCUCGUGGGCUAUCAGAAACCAGCGAAAUCGAUAGAUUGCGGUGACUGGCCUAAAUCGCUGCCAAACGAGUUGUUGCGCAAGUCGAACUAUUAUAAAGGACGUUGGAGCACCUGUCCAAGAUUUCCAAAGAAGUCAGGCGUGAGAUUAAUGACGCGAGAUCUUGCAUUGUGUUACAAGGACCCCACGCAUCCAGGACCAUUUCACUAUAACCCAACGUCGCCUAGAAAACCAGAGAACGCGAAACGGUAUCCAUUUAAUAGUAAUAUCGAACACGUGAGGCCAGUCCCAUCGUCAGAAAUUCGUCCAGGUCCGGGUAGAUACAGUAUUAAGGACAUGCAUUCCAUAAAAGGUCACGGAUGGACUUCUGUUUUCAAGAGCAAAACGCCACGAACUGAUUUCAUAAUUAUACCCUCGUACAAUUAUUUCUAGCAUGCCUCACUUGGGACAUUCGGGCAAAUAAAGUUAAAGAAAUCUGGUUGAAAAAAGUUUCGUUCUUCUACUUUAUAACAUAAAUAUGAAUAU